AACAACGAAUCUUUCUUCCUUUACCUUUCCUUCUCUUCUCUCUCUCUCUCUCUCUCUUUUCCUCCCCUCCCCCUUUCUUCGCCCUUUCCAACUCCCCUUGUAUUAUAGUCCAUCCUUCAAUUUCUCUUUGCUACUGAAUCUUCUUCAUCUCACUCUUUCACUCUCUUGCUGCUUGCCUUCCCUUUCGCUGGUUACCUUGGUUGUCUCUCGAAAGAGAGCUUCUUAGACUAACGUCAGAGCUCGGAUUUUGCUGGAGGUCGCCUCCCACAACGGCGAGUGACAGAAAUGUCGACCCCCAAUGACAUCCAGGCUCUCUUGGCGAGCAUAAGGCCACGUCCAUCUCCUUCAAGCACUCCUGCUCAGGAUCCUGGAAUGGCUCCCUAUCCUCCCCAGUACCAGCAAGGAUACCGCACCCAGCAGCCACCUCCCUAUGACGGUCAGAGCUAUCCGCAUGCCCACCUGCAGCAGCAGCAGCAUGGUUAUCGUCACCCUUCCGUUUCGUCUGUCAUUCAAACCCCGUUGCCCGUGAACACUCCUCGCCAUGGUUCGGAUAUUCUUAGUCCUAAUAUUCCGACGCCUCGCGACGCCUUCCCUCCACCCCAGCACCACCAACCUCUACCCCAGAACCCUGACCGCGCUGUCAAUUUGUUGAAUCUUCUCAAAUUCAACCAACCUGCGGCUCCUCCCGCCCAGCAGCAGGCCCCUGUUGUGGGUAUGGAGCAGUCCAGCUAUACUCCUCCUGUCGCCCCUGGUGUGGAUGAGGCUACAAAGUCUCACACGAGAAACAUCUCUGCGUCUGACUUAGUUGCUUCGCUAUUUGGUAGACAGGGGCAAGCGCCUUUGGCCCCAGUCCAGCCGACCGGCGUGCAGCCUCUGCCUCAGUCUGCUGCAGAGAGCCCAUCGGCUACUCCAGGCGCGGAGAAACCCCAGGAGAUGUUGCUUCGCUUGCUGAAUCGGUCGAAAUCAGGUCAGGAGAUGUCUGGUAGUCCCGCCAAGUCAUCUAUUGAGUCUCCAGGCUCGAUCGCAUCCCAAAAGAACGUAUUUUUCGAGCCUGAGGUCGCAAGUAACCUGUCGGUCGAAGAGGCUACGGAGCGGUUGUCCGGGGCAUCGGACAAACUGUCCCCGACCGGCAAAGAAUCUCUCUUCAUCCACGUCAACCCCUUCGACCAGUUGGCAGCCCUUUCCCGGAACCGUACCCCCCAGCCCAAGUCUCGUAGUGAGAGUCCGGUUGUCGAGGCCACCAGGAGCCAAUUUACGGCAAAUUUUGAAGCUGCACCUGCUUCGCAGAUUCUUGAAGGCGAGCGCGCCAAGUCACCUAGUUUGGCGGAAGAACAAAAAGAAGCUGUCUCCAAUGUGGUUGAUAGGCUUGUGGAGCAACUCGUUCGUGACGUUGACGAGUCUCUAGAGAAGUUGACUCAGGAGAAGAGGGCCUCUGUUCAGGCAGCACAAGAAGAUAGCACUCAGGCCAUCCUCUCUUCCAUUUCUGUUCCUCUGGAGGAAAUACCCAAUGGCGAAAACCAGAACGAUGUUCUGAAGGAGACUCCAGAAGAAUUUGUCAGCUCUGCUGUUCCGAAAGAGUCAUCCAACAAUAGCAGUGGCGAAGCGUUAGCAGAAAGCUGGGAGAGUGCCGAAGAGAGUGCUGAAAAGGAUGAGGAACGUAUUGUUUCAGUCCACAACUUUCCCUUGCGCCCAUUCAUAUCUAUCACCGUCAAGUCUUUCCCUGGAAAGAUCUCGACUCUGCGCGAUGAUGGAAUCAUGGAUAUCGCCCGCUUGAAGAAGGAUUUCGAUCAGUUAGAUCGAUCUUUGACCUCCGCCACUCCCGAUUACAUUGUUUAUGCGCUCGCUAAGAAUGGCGGCAUGAGGAUCAUUCGUCAGGAUGAUGGGAGUGACAAGCAAGUCUUCCGCUCCACCCGUGACCGUGUGUUCAACGUCGCUGUCUGUACGUCACAGUCUAUGGGCGGCUCAUCGGAUGAGCAAGCCGUUCUUGGUAUCGGUGUUAGCGGAGCAGUCUACUGGGCCCUAAUAUCCCGGGGAGACAGAGACCUUUUCGAACAGGACGCCUUAGAGAGCGAGUGUCUCAUAUUCCCACCAUUUCCCGCUUCUGAUGAGAACACCUCCGGUGGCCAGCUGAAAACGCGGGCCAAAAGGAGCUCUCGUCACCCUGGUUUCUUUGCAAUUGGCCGUGGCAAGAAUAUCUAUGUCAUCUCUCCACAGGCUGCUGCAAACCCUGCGUACGGUGUUUCGGGGAGCAACCGCACUGUCAACACCGAAAAGUUUUUCAAGGAGCGUGCCAUGAAGAUAUCUACUGGCAAGGCUGGCAAAGACUUCAUGUUUAGUGACGAUGACACCGUCAUUGCCUCUCUGGAUAAGACCGGACGCCUGCGUUUCUGGGAUAUCCGCGAAGUGGUGAAUAGUUCGAGCUUCUUUACCUCAGGUCCUAACCCUGCGGAAGUCCGCAUCCCACUCAACACCUUUGUGACUGGCUCUCCCACGGAGAAGUCAUGGCCAACAUCUGUUCUUUUCAUUGACAAGCUGCGUCCUUAUAUUAAGUCCAUGGCGCUCCGUUACGUUCUAGUUGGACUGAAGCAGAACCACACCUUGCAACUCUGGGAUAUUGGGCUGGGCAAGGCUGUGCAAGAGCUCAAGUUCCCUCAUGAGAACGAGUCGGAUGCUAUCUGCAGCGUUGCGUAUCACCCCGGCUCCGGUAUCAUCGUUGUUGGACACCCUACCCGGAACUCUAUAUACUUUGUUCACUUGUCCGCUCCGAGGUACAACCUGCAGCCCAUGUCACAGGCCUCGUUCAUCAAGCGUGCCGGUGAGAAGGAUAACAGCCUUCCUAAGCCCGAGUCGACUGCUUGCAUGAGCGGCAUCCGGGAAAUUUCAUUUGCAUCAAAGGGCCAAUUGCGAAGCUUGGAUCUUCUUCCGAUUACCAAAGCUGCUGGAGAUGAAAGUGGUCUCUUUGAACUUUACGUGAUGCAUUCCCGUGGAGUGACAUGUCUUAACAUCAGGAAGGAAGACCUCGGUUGGAGCCAGGACAACAAGAUCAUACGUCCUGUCAACGCUCUAGAGGAGGGCUUGAUUGAUAUUUCCGAUCUUCAGGCAUUCCCCACCUAUAUUUCGGACGAACCUUCCGUGAACGGCGAUGCAAACUCCACUCCUACCAAAAUGGCGCCAAAGGAAGUCACCAGAAAUAUUCCGGAGUUAAGUGCGGAGCCCAGUGCCAGUGCUGGACCUAGUACUCUGCGUACACAGUCCCCCGUCAAGACUGCGAUCAAGAAGAAGCUUGGUGACGAGCAGUCUGACGCAGCAACUGCGGCAGCCGCCUCUGAAAAGCCCGAGAAGAAGAAGAAGAAGAAGGGAACAGCAGUCACCGGCGAACCUGCCAAGGCAAAGGAGGUCAGUCCGGCAACGAAUGCUGGAGAUGAUCAUAGUAUUGAUCAAACCAAUGGGGACACUUUUAAGAGUCCAACGGUAAGCUAUAACAGCGUACCACCUCCCGCUCUAUACCAGUCUGUCGCUGCAUCUGGUUCUGGCGAAUCUUACGAGACCUUGAACAAGCAUCUUGAAGCUUUCCAGAUUGGUGUCGCAGGCGAAUUCCAGAAGAGCCUUGGGCGUGAGCUCGAGGGUUUGUUGACUCGGUUUGACGAAGAGCGACGCAGCUGGGAUGCUGCGUCUACCGCCAGACAAGAUCAAGUCCUACGAUUAGUCUCGAGUACUCUAUCUGACAACGUGGAGAAGAACCUUGCACGGAUUGUGACUCAAGGCAUCCAAUCCGAAGUUGUCCCCGCUCUGUCCAGCAUCACCUCUACUGCUGUUGGCAAGGAACUGAACACAGUUCUGCCCCAGCAGCUUGGUGAGGCUGUUUCUCGCGAGCUGCGUCAAUCCUUGCCUGGGGCGGUCGAUCGUGCACUGCAACAGCCUGGCACGGUGAAAGUCUUGUCAGAUGCUGUAGGCCAGAAACUCACUUCCCAUGUGGAAACCGAGAUCUCCAAAGCCAUGCAGAACACUGUUACCCCUGCCUUCAAAAGUCUUGCGCUGCACACUGCUGAGAAGGUUGGAAGCGAUAUGGAAAAGCAGAUGCAGGCUCAGAUGAGGCAGUUUGAGAUCCAACGUAAGAACGAUGCUGCGAAGAUUGAACAACUUACCAGCCUUGUUCGCGGACUGUCUGACACGGUAACCGCGAUGGCCGCUGCCCAGACUGGAUUCCAGAACGAGGUCCUGCGCCUCAACCAGGUCCUAGCGUCUCGUCAGGCGGAGGGCAGCCAGGGUUUGGCGAGGUCGGCCGCAGCAUCGUCCACCUCGCCAGCUCCAGCUCCAGCUCCCCCAGCCAACAGGAGGAGCCCGGAACAGCUUGAAAUGGCCGAAAUUUCCCAGCUUAUGGGCGAGGGUAGAUAUGAAGAAGCGUCCGUAAAGUGGCUGCAAUCUGAACAGCAAGCCGACUUGUUUGAUAAUCUAUUUGUACGCAUGAAUCCUUCUUCAUACCUUCCUGGGCUUUCCCCGAUUGUUGCGUUGUCUGUUGGUGUUGCGGUCACGUCCUCUCUGGAUUCCCGCCCUACGGAGCGUCUCGCAUGGCUGGAUGUUGUGCUCCAAACCGUCAAUUUAAUGGAUCCGGACAUCCGUGAGGUUGCGCCUAAGAUUAUGGAUAUCCUCAUCCAACGGCUUGAUGCGCUGUACAUGUCAGUUGCGGCACACUCGCCACACGACCCAAUUCUUCGCCGGGUUCCUCCUCUCGCUCGUCGGGCUCGAGAGCUCCGUGGAUGAACACUGCUGAAGGGGAUUACAUGAAGGACCAUGAUGUGGUAAAUUAGCAAGGGAUGGAUGAAUGUUUCAUUCACGACUAAUGAAUAAUCAUGAUUCAUGCGUCGGGGCUUGUUACAAAAGUUGAGCAGAUGAUCUUUAUGUUUUUAUUGGAGCACUUACAAUGAUAUGCUUGGGAAUAUGGCUUGCGAGCAGCUGCGAAUAUCGCCUGGUUCUCUAUUGUAGAUGACGCAGACAAGUAGUGGACCGCAGCAACGCGAUUAUGGUUUUUUGCUGGAGCGGCCCAGUAACUGUCAAUGUAAAUAACGGACAUGAUUUAAUGGGUGGGUAUCAUGGAAUUAGGCAUCACGACCAUGACCUGAUCUGAUCAUAUAACCGUUUCGGAGAUAAUCAAUACUGCAG